AUGUCUCUGCAUUUGGGAGAUACAGAUAAAUCUACCCAGGAGGAGCUUCAAUUUGAAUACCUGAAAAACUGGAUUUCGAGCGUCCACAAUCGCGAGGUGGCAGAAAAUGUCACCUGUCCAUUCAAAAGCUUGGCUUUGGGAAUCUCAGAGGCCAUGAAAGAAGUAGAGGAGAAACAGAUCCGAUCGACCUUGAUUGAAAGCUACAGGAAGUUGACUGGUCCAGCGCUGGACGCUUUGUUGUGUGAGAAGCACAAGCAAGAGACUUCAUUCUUCCACAUGACCCAGUUCCGGGAUGUGGAGGAAAUCAGGAGGCAUUGGAAUUGGUAUUUGUACUGCUUGACAUUUGAGAGCUGGCAAUUCGAGCAGGAGAAUCUCCCGAAUUAUGUGGUGAGGGUCCCCAUGGACUACAUUGACCUGCAGGUUCUGGCCACGUGCUUUCGAGCCAAAAUCACUGUGUCGCACCUCGAUUCCUUGGCCUUGUGCUUCACUCCGCGCAGCUCAGAGCUGUGGAUGCACCUGCACCUGGUGCAUCACCGUAGCCGCUGGGCACCGAUGCUGGGAAGAAAAGCUGCAGUGCAAGCGCUGGAGAACCAGCUGGUGAUUCUACACGGCCUGGAAGGAAGUGGCUUCCAAAGUUUCAAGAACAAGCCGGCCUAUGUGCUCUCGAAGCGCCGACAUUUUCCUCCGGAGGUCUACCUGGUGAACGUGGGUGCUCAGAUCUUGCCCAUGCAACGGCACCAACUGCACGUGAUUGAUGACGCUGAAGCUGAUCAUGCUGCAGCGUCCGAUUCCUGUCCUGGACUGGACCGUUCGCGGGGACCAGCCAUAGGUCAAGCCCCUCCAUUUCGAGGCAUUCCGGAUGGCUCUAUGGAGUUCCAACUUUUGUUGGAACUGGUGGGAGAUCUCAUCUACAAGCGCCUGCGACAAAAACGGGAUGAGUUGUUGGGUAAAGAAGCCGACUACGAGAGGCGUGGGCCUGAUGAUGCGUCUGAACAGCUAGCGGCCUUGCCUGAUUGGGUGAGCCAGGCUUCGACACCACAAGUGAUGCCGAAUGGGGCUGGGGCGCCGGCGACGCCCCGGGUGACCCAAGACAGGAGAUUUGUGGUUGAGCGAAGACCUUUAGACGAGGUAGUUGCAGUGAUGAAAGCACGUCAGCAGCAGAAGCAAACAAACAGGAUUCGAGUCAGGUGCCCGUCGACUUUCUCGAGCGAUAAAGCAAUGUGGAGGGAAUAUUUCACUAUUGACUGUAAGAAAGGGAUGCACAUUGUCCUGAUGAAAGCGAGGGACCAUAAGGUUUUUCGAUUUAUAUUUCGCGGAGCAAAAGAUGGAGAGGAGGACAAAACGAGCUGGUUUGCUUCUGACCUCCUGUGUCUUUGGGAAGUUCAGGAGCAAAUGACGGUGCCAAGUGUCACAACACGGACGCCUGUUGAUCUCCAAGCUGGAACCGCACUGUGUGUGACCCAUCUGAACAUACUGGGUGAAGCCGACAGUUCAGCAGAGAUGAUGGAGUGGAAGAAAGAAGGCAGAGGAGGUCUGAAGCUGAAUCUGCGAGAUCAGCGGCUCAGGCCGUUUCUCUGCAUUGCACAGGGUGAUUUGUCGCCACAGCAGCCGCGAAAUGGAGACGCCUCUGUGGAGGUCUGA